AAGAAGCAGAAGAAUAAGCAUUAUUCAAUCAUGAAGUUUUUAAUUAUAAUUUUGUUAAUUUUUUGCUGUAGUAUUUCGGCACAACGUCAACUCUCAUCGUAUCCAUCAGUUAAAGCUAUGGCAUCAGUUGAUUUAAAAAAGCUAAUUGGAAUAUGGUAUGAUAGCGGAAAUAUUAUAGAUACCAACGAGGCAAAAAAAAAAUGUAUCGCAGUUGAAGUAAGUUUGGACAAUGGAAUUAUUUAUAUGAAUGUGAAUCCUAAAAACGUCUUAAAUGGAAUUAAAUCAUUCAAAUUUUCAUUAGAGCCAGUUGGAAAUUCUUCGUCUCACUUUGAAUUUUAUUCUGGUGAUCCAAUGGUGAAAAAAAUUGAUGUUUACAUUAUAGAUACUGAUUAUGUUAAUUAUUGCACAUUUAAAAUGGUUGAAACUUCAAAAGAUGGAAGUUACUCUCAAUAUGACGGGGAGUUAAAUAAACCAUCUUGUCCGGAUGAAAAAAGAUAUGGUUUUUCUAAUAAUCUUUAUUUGCCUCGUGGACGUGCUGGUGGUAUGCCUUUCAAACUUUUCGUAUAUAUAAGCCCAUUUGAAGAAUAAUUUUUAAUUUUCAUCAUUUCAAAUGCAUGUGAUUUACUGUACUUGACGGCACAUUUAAGCACACCUGAUAUGUAUUUUCCCAAACAUUAUUAUUAUUUUAAUGUAAUUUUGAAUCAUUUAAAACAUUAAAUAUAUCGUAAAUAAAAUUAGAUUAAAUUAAUUUUUUCAUAUAAAUAAUAAAUAAAAAUUUGUGAAACGUGAGGAUAAAAAAAAAAAUGAACAAACUCUGAGUAAAUUAACGUUAAAAAUUCCAAUGUGUACAAUGUACAGUAUUAUUCAUCCAUAAUUGAAGGGAAUACAUUUUGGUUGAUAAAAAAAAAAAGUAUAAAAAAAAAACAAAAUAGCAUGCAAGAGCAGCGAUAAAAAUUACGAAUAAAGGUGAGGAUUUGAUUGCGGUACACAUUGAUCGAAAAAGAAACGAAAAAAAUAAAAAAAAAAAAAUUACCGAGGUCGUGCGUAUUAUU